CAGACUUCUUUUUUUCUCUUUGACUUUCUGCUUGCUUUGGCUUAACCAUGCGUAUGGAUGCGAUUCUGUCUGACUCUAGAUUUCAUUCAAUAUGACAGCAGCAGACGAAGGUCGUCCUGGCCAUCACUCAAGACCAAGAGCCGAGUCAACGAUAUCGGAGCGUGCGCCACUCCUCGGCAACAAGCCCCGUGACCGCAGCCCAGUACAGCAGGGCGAUGGUGGAAAAUGGAGUGCAAGCGUUGUAUUGAAGUUGUUGUUUACGAGCACAAUCGUCAGUCUGUCUUUCGGCGUGACGCAAGUUCCGCUGAUCUAUGUGUUUGGAACGAUGACAUGUGAAGAGUACUAUAAGCACCAUCGUGACCCUGGGACAUUACCUGAUCGAUGCCAUCUUACAGAAAUUCAAGCUAGCACAGCGAGAGCAGUAGCCCUACUUGGAGCCGGGACGACGCUGUUCGGCGUGCUCAACCUCUUCUACACGACCUGGACCAUCAAAAGAUUCGGCGUCAAGUCCGCUCUCCUAAGCAGCGUUUUCUGGCCUGCCGUUCGACUUGCUGUACAAAAUGUUGGUGUACAACUCGGGGGCGGCUUGGGCAUCUGGAUCAUUCAGGCUUCGCAGGCGAUCACAAUUAUUGGCGGGCCUGCAGGGUAUCUUCUGGCCUUGAACUCGUUUGCAACAGAAGUGAUCAUGCCCUCUGCGCGAACAGCUACUCUUGGGCGGUUGCAAGGUUGUGCGUUCUUCGGCACCGCACUUGGUUUUCUACUGGGAGGUUAUUCUGCUGACUUGCUCGGGAUCAUAUGGCCCUUCCGGAUUACUCUCGGAUUGUUUCUACUCUCCACCGUCUACAUUCUUCUCUUCCUUCCAUGGAUCAAAGUCGAUCUCGAUCCGGAAAUGCAAAAGCGAACCAGGUCACUGUCCUCGUUUUUCGAUCCGCUGCGCAUGUUUGUACCAUCGAAGUGGAGACUGAAAGACGGUCGUGUCACGACAGAGUACGGCAUAAUACUUCUCGGUGCUGGUGCAUUCACAGCUUUGCUGGCUACAGGCUACAUUCCUGUCUUGCUUCAGAUGUACGCAACGGACGUUCUCGAUUUUGGCACGACAGAGAAUGGCUGGCUCAUCUCGAUCAACUCUCUGAUUCGAGGUUGCUUUCUGACCUUUGCGUUCCCUGCAAUCAUCGCAGCAGGGCGACGAUGGACGGAGCGUCGAGAUACCGAUUAUGAAAGGGUCAAGAUCGAGGACUCUGAUAUUCCUGAUCUGCCUACUGAUGCUCAUGAGUUUGAGCCAGAACCAAUCGCUGGCGGGGAAGAGCCAAUCGAGCCUCCGAGGCCGAAUAACGGCCAAGAAGAGUCCUUUGUCUUCGAUCUGUACUACACACGAUACAGUAUCCUUGUCGACGGUGUCCUGACUGCUCUGGCGACUUUCAGUUCUAAGGGUUGGCACAUGUACGUCGUUUCCAUCGUGCUACCGCUAGCAGCGGGGACGGGGUCUGCUGCUAAGGGCACCAUUCUGCAAAUGUGCUCUCCAGCGCAACGCGCAGAUGCCUUGGGCGCGAUUAGUCUGGUAGAAAUGGCGGCGAGACUGGCGACGACUGGACUGUUUGGAUAUAUCUUCUCCGCCUUCGCAGCGAUCGGACAGCCGUCAUUGACAUUUGCUGUCAAUGGUGGUGUUGCGGUGCUGGCAUUCGUAAUUCUGGUCUUUGCAAGAUUCCCGCCCCACGGAAGCACUAGGGUGGAAGACGAAGAUGCAGCGACUUGACAUCGAUUAAAAACCCAGCCAAAAGAAAAUGCCCGGGAUAUCGUUCUACACGUGAAGUUGGCCAGGGCAAUCAGCUCUGCGUUCAUUUCGCGCCUCCAGCUAAUAGCACCUGCGCAUCGCUGGACAUGCCAAAACCCCAGCUGAAACAGCUGCUAUCCAGCACGAAAAGACUGCGCACAGUAUCUGUCACCUGUGGCGCUUCUCGAGCCGAGCCUUUGAGGUAUAAAUAAUCAAUGGCUUCCAUUAGCGGAUGGCUCAGCCGAAUCAAUGUCAAUGCCAGGCAUUGUGCGAAAACGUCCUCGGACAUGCGCGAGCUUCCCAGAUCCAGCGGUCCUCUCAACGCCACGAGCUUCAAACUAGACUAGACAGCCUUCUUCAACAAGCGUAUUCGAGCAUUUCAUGCACGCCGUCCGUUGGCUUAGACGAGCGCCUGG